AUAUAUGACAACAUUAACUCAUAAGUCCAAAACGUCAAACAACAUCGCCAACCCAUUUGGAAUCUCUGUAAUCCAAGGCUCUGCAUUGACCUUACUCUCAUCAUAAUAAUUGGCAGUUUUGGAUUCCUCCCAGCUUCAAAAAAAAUCCAAUCUUUGGAUUCCUCUGUACAGGUAAAAUGCUGUUUCAAAUCAUUGGCAAUUGAUCAUUUUCUGGGUUUCGGGCCUUGUAGAAGAGUUAUAUAGUUGUUUAUUCUUUUAGUAGGUAUUGAUCCUUGGUUACUUCAAAUUUCAAAAGUCGUUUUUUUCUGUUUUUGGUUAAUUUCUGAUGCGGGCUCGACUUGAGCUAUAUCUGCUGCAUUUAUAUCUGGCGGUGAUUGGUUUGCAUCUAUUUCUCGUGGGGUUUGGUGGAAAAAAAAAAUUGGGUUGUUUGAGUGAUCCGUUGGUUAAUCUCGCGGGUGUAGCUUUGAGUUGAGUUGAUUGUCCAAUUGAUUCCUUGAUCUUUCAUCUGUUAAAACUGUUUGAAGUUUUAAAUAUGGAUGUUGUUUACUGUGGAAUUUUAAUUAUUGGUGAUGAAGUGGAAAUUGGAUGUUGUUCACUGUGGAAUUUUAAUUUACGUAAACGUUGACGUUGAUUUUCCUAGGCUUUUAUUUUCCUUCUCUGUGGAUUGUGGAAUGAUAAUGAUUUUAUACCCGUCAUGAAGUGUUUUUGUGGGUAGAUUUCCUGGCAUGAUUUUGGAAUAUACUGGAUGUUAUUUGAAUCACUGCUGAUAAACCAGUUUGGAUAUAUAAAAUCUCUGUAUGCCAGUUGGCUGGCUGAUUAAUGGAUGUUAAACAUGGCACGCAGACUGGACAACUUCUAGUGCGGCUAUCAUUAAAGCAGUCUGUUAGAAGUUUACUAUAAGCUAGUAGUUCCAAGGUGAAAGUUUCAUAUUCAGAAUAUUUUUGUCAUGUCUGCCAUUCUUUGGUCCUAGGUAUUGAUAAUGGUAAAAAUACUUGGUGAUCUAAACAACACAAUUGUUGAUUGAUUGAUCAGUCCUGGACCUUUGGAGGCGGAUAAUAAUAUAAAGUAUUCUGGAGUUGGUCUGAUCGAGGUCAUGUAGUCUACUAGUGUUAGCCCGAUUUCCCUCAGCUCUCUUGUCAUCUUAUUAGGAUGAUAUAAAUAGUUGGAUUGCUACUUAAUUUUCUUCUGAACAGGGGUUAUUCAAUAGCCUCCAAGACUAUAAUCAUUAAUCUGUCGAAUUACCCAGUCAAUUUCUUCAUUUUCCCUAGAGAAGUGAGUGUAUUCGAUCUGAUUGUGUUUAUCUUCCUGGAUCUUAAUUGCUCCCAUCGACCCAAUCAACAGGUAUAAUCAUUUGAAACAAGUGGGAGUCUUCAUAGUAUGAGUUCAGGGGCAAAAACUGCUGAAUCUAAUGGACAUGAAGUCUCUUUGGCACCGGAAGAGGAACAGGCAAAGGUACAACUGUGUAUCCUCUGUUUGUUUACCAUGCUUAUGGACCUGAUGGUGGAUGUGUUAUUUUUUUAGCCGCAUUAUAUUUGCCAACAUUUUCUUUAUUGGCAGAUCAAUGAGGUCAGAAAGUUGAUAGGACCCGUCUCAGGCAAAUUGGCAUUGUAUUGUAGUGAUGCAUCGAUAUCAAGAUAUCUAAGGGCACGAAAUUGGAAUGUCAAGAAAGCCACUAAAAUGCUCAAAGCUUCGCUAAAGUGGAGAAGUGAUUACAAACCAGAAGAGAUUCGAUGGGAAGAUGUUGCUCAAGAAGGACACACAGGAAAAAUUUAUCGAUCAAAUUAUACAGACAAGCUGGGGAGGACAGUUCUUGUCUUGAGGCCUAGUUGUCAAGUUGGUCCAUACUCCUGUCUUAUUCACUUUUUUUGCUUCUUCAUCGUAGUUAUAUAUGUAACUGGAUACCAUUUUGUAAUCAGAUGGUUACAUUAUAUAGAGAUUCUAUUAGAAUUUGGAGCUUAGUUAACAUAACCUUUUUUAAAUUGGCAAUCAAUUAAUAUCCAACUGAGGGAUAUAAUGCAUUUCGACCUUAGAAUCAUUUUAUGUCUUUCGUUUAUGUUCUCCAGGUUUUUAUUAUAGUUUUUACCUCUCUGCAGAACACAAAGUCUGUCAAAGGCCAAAUCAAGUAUUUGGUUUACUGCAUGGAGAAUGCUAUUCUAAAUCUUCCAAAAAACCAAGAACAGAUGGUUUGGUUGAUUGAUUUUCAUGGUUUCAAUUUGUCCCACGUUUCACUCAAGGCCACAAAGGAGACAGCUCAUGUCCUACAGGAGCAUUACCCUGAGAGGCUGGGGAUAGCGGUUCUGUAUAAUCCACCCAAAAUAUUCGAGCCCUUUUGGAAGGUAGCAAAACCGUUUUUGGAGCCCAAAACUGCUAACAAGGUGAAAUUUGUUUAUUCUGAUGAUUCAAAUACCAUCAAGUUACUGGAGGAGUUGUUUGACAUUGAACAACUGGAGCCUGCUUUUGGGGGAAAACACGGUGAAGAUUUUGACAUAACAAAAUAUGCUGAGCGCAUGAAAGAAGACGAUAAGAAGAUUCCUUCAUUCUGGAAGAUCAAUGGAGAGGCCACAGCAGCCUUGGAGCGAGUUCCUUCAGCCAAUUCCAGUAAAUUAGAGUUAGAGUCCGACACUUCAGACGAGAAAGAAGAUGAAAUAUCAACUGAAGAAAUUGAUGAUAUAAAAGAUUUGUCCAUUGAGGAUGAUCCCUUGCCUGAGACUAAAGAAGGCACUGUUGACUUGAAAGUAGAGAAAUGAGUACAAACAUCAUUAGAACUCUUAAAAUGCAUAAUUGUGCAGACCAAGCCCUUCUUUCUAUUUUAACCUUUUUGAGGAGGGGGAGAAUUUCUGUCAUCUGAUGGACUGCUUAGGCAGUAACUUGUCUCUACUGCCACUUUGUUAUUCUCUCUUUUUCUUCUCUUCUAUUUUGAACAAUCUAUUCAUGUUAAUGAUGUAAUUUUCCUAGUUUCAAAUCCUUAGGCAAAUCUGGUUUAGAUGUAGCUUCAUUUGGAUGUGUUGACAAGGUUACAAAUUUUAUACUCUCGUCCCAAAAAUGUUUGUCCUGUUUCUCUAGUUUAGGACAAAGUGAAUACAUCCUAAUUCCAAAAAUGUAGACUCUUCAAAAUAUAGAAAAGAAUGUUAAUCUGUUAUCA